AUCCACACGACCAAUUUCACACUCUCUCCACUGAGAAGGAGAAGAAAAUUAAUCGAAAAAAACGCGAGUGAAAAAGAGUGAUGGCGUGGUGCGCCGCCGCGAGGACUUUCCACAUGCCGGCGAUUGAUGUCGCCUCUCUACGCCCUCGGGCGCCCUUAGCCGUCGGAAUCGGCUGCGUUUCCUUGGCUGGCCGCUCCGGUCCGUCGCCGCCUUUCGCUUCGUUAGGAAUCUCCACUGAUGCUGCUACCCCAGUUUUGAAGGAGGCUGUCCAGACAGAUAAAGCCCCAGCAGCAUUGGGGCCCUACUCUCAAGCCAUCAAAGCAAAUAAUAUGCUAUUCAUGUCUGGUGUUCUUGGACUUGUUCCUCAGACCGGAAAGUUUGUCUCGGAUAGCGUAGAAGAUCAAACUGAGCAGGUACUUAAGAAUAUGGGUGAAAUACUCAAGGCAAGUGGUGCCAGCUAUGCCUCGGUUGUUAAGACAACAAUCAUGUUGGCGGAUCUGAAAGACUUCAAGAAAGUUAAUGAAAUAUAUGCUAAAUAUUUUCCAGCGCCUGCUCCAGCGCGUUCAACCUACCAGGUUGCCGCCUUACCAUUGGAUGCAAGGAUCGAAAUAGAGUGCAUAGCCACACUGCACUAGCAUGUUAAGCUAACUGACCAAUAUUAAGCUGUAAUAGGGAUGGGAGUAAUUCGGAACCAUAUUAAUUCCCCAUGAAAUACUGCAGACUUGUAUGAGAUUAUCAAAUAAAAUCCCUUUCCAUCUUUGCAAUCAAAA